CCUCCCCCCGCCGCCGGUUGGACGUGAGGGCCGUCCGUCACGGCGGGUCGUCCAAUGAAUGCGGGAAUCGGGUCGUCCAAUGAGUGAGGGAAUCGGGCGGAAUUGGGGGAAGUGGGGGUGGGGUUAAGGAUCAGUUUCCGGUCUGCGCGGCGGAAGUGGCGGCUGCCUGGGGUAAGCGCGCCUCUUGAGCGGCGGUGGUGGUUCCGGGCUCGGUUUUGAGGUCCGGUCGACGGCCGUUCUGAAGCAGGGGCCGAUUGAAGGCCUCGUCCCUCCUCAUUUCGGGCCUGGUUCCCCCCGCUUCGUGUUUUGGGCCCACCCCCCCUUUACCAGCCAUGGGGCGCCGCAAGUCCAAGCGGAAGCCGCCCCCCAAGAAGAAAGUGACGGGCACGCUGGAGACUCAGUUCACCUGUCCGUUCUGCAACCACGAGAAAUCCUGCGACGUGAAGAUGGACCGUGCCCGCAAUACGGGCGUUAUCUCGUGCACCGUUUGCCUGGAGGAGUUCCAGACGCCCAUCACUUAUCUGUCGGAGCCUGUGGAUGUCUACAGCGAUUGGAUCGAUGCCUGUGAAGCUGCCAACCAGUAGCAGCAGGGCCUCCCCGUGUUAUUUGGAGGGGGGGCCGACUACACAACUGCCUCACCCCCCCCACCCCAAGCGUGUGUUUUUUAUUAUCAUCACACUUCACUUUUUCUCCAUUUUAUCUCUCUGUGUUGGGUGGGAGGGGGGCAGCAGCUCGAAGGCUGUGUCUGUGUAAGGGAUGGACCCCUCCCUCCACCCAUGGGUUGGGUUCUGGUGCAGCCUUUUGCUUGGCUGAGCCCCAGGGGCAGCCACAAAUAAAUGCCUGCAUGGGGCAGCACUA